GAUGUCAUGGAUACAGAAAACCUGGAAGACUUUGCGAACAAAGUUGUUAAUUUCUUGAAAACGAAUGGAAAGUUUGACGAAUUCAGAAAGAAAUGUGCAAGUGAAAUAGAACAACAUGUAUCGUUUGUAAAAGCAAGGAAAGAGGUGGAAGAGUUGGUUAGACUGCGAGUUGUGAACAACAGAAAGGCAUCAUGCCCUCUAACCAAGAACCAACUUCGGCUUGAGAUAAGGACGCUCCUCUCAAAGAGAAAAGAUUUGCUGGCCGCUGCUGACUCGUCCAUCCAGUUCAGUCUCCGAAAUAACAAGGAGUUAUUCGCUACAGAAAUAAACGACGUCACUGGCCAGUUUGAAGAGGAAGAAAAAGCUGAGGCAGAAGCUAAGAAACUAGAACAAGCAGAGAAUCCAGUACAGGAAGGUCAGGAAGUAGAUAAUGCUCCUGUCACUGAAGCAACAGAAUAUCCCUCGACAGCGGACAUACCGCCACCUCCUCCCCCUCCACCUCCACCAGCCCCUGUAGCAGCGAGUACCAGACCCACUGCAGGACCACUCCCCACCAUCUCUGGAACUGACACUGCCCUCCUGAUCCAAGAGUCUGUGUUCCACAAUGAUGUGCUGAGCGGACCUUCUCACAACAACGCUGCCUCUCACUCCAUGAACAUAACUGAUCUGUUAGCUAAUGUGCAGUCCUCAGAUUUCGCAGCUCAACAGGUCAGUCCUCAGCCGAUGGAAAAGGAGCCUACUCCGAGCUAUCCUACUUAUCAUGACACUGACUCUGCGAGAGAAAUGUCACAUUCCCCAAAACAUCCUCCUGCAGAAACUAUUGUUAUCAUGUCAAAACAGGAUGUGGCUAAAGAGAUUUACAACUUCGAGAAAGAGGAGAAACAGUUCAGCCACUACAUCAAGGAAGAGGAUGACUAUGAGAAAAGCAAGUACACAGAGGAAGCAACUCGGGAGUACAAGUAUCCUGGGGAUCACUCCAGGUUAGAAUAUCCACCAGACUACAAGAGGUCUAGUGGGGGAUCUAGCUCUUACAAGUCCAGUUCUAGAAAACAUGGCGAGGAAUAUAGGGAGCGAUCAUCUAGUUCCAAACACAAGGAGAGAAGUCUGAGUCCAAGCAAGUAUGCAGAGCGCUACAAGGAAUACAGUGUACGGGACUAUGGCCACAGCAUGGACAGAAUGUUCAAAUCUCCUGAGUACUACCUUUCAAUUUCCAGGUCCAGUACAAGUCGAAGCAGCUCCAAAGAGAGUUCUAGGGACAGGAGGAAACGAGAGGAGGAAUGGUAUCAGAAAUAUGGAUACAGCUCCAAGUAUGGUCAUUUACCGUAUGGGUCACAUGCAACCGGGUCACACAAGUAUCCAGAUUCAUCUCGACGGGAAUAUUACGACAAAGAGUAUUACGAUAAGAGAAGACACGACGAUCCCCACUAUAAGUCCUCAGAUCGAUCGAAGAGUCGAGAUCAUGCCUUGUAUGAGGCUUCGAAAGGUCGUGAGUCAACUCAUGAUCCUUACAAAAUGAGAGAUGCCCUCUAUGAAGCUUCAAAAGGUCGUGAGUCAACUCAUGAUCCAUACAAAAUGAGAGAUGCUCUGUAUGAAGCUUCAAAAGGUCGUGAGUCGAUCCAUGAUCCCUACAAGAUGAGAGAUCCCGCUUAUGAAAUCUCAAAAAUCAGGCAGUCCACUGGUUCAGACUCAACAAAGUUCAAGGAACCGCCCUACGUUCCUUCAAAAUAUCAUGAGCACGAGCUCAUGAAGACAAGAGAUAGAGAACUGUUGUACAGAGACAGGAUGAAAGAGGACGCGUACAGUUCGAGUGUGGACAUAAGAGAGCGAAGAUCACAUUUAGAUAGACCUUACGAGAGUUCGGACCGGUACAGUCCAGGGGAUGUUAAACUCAAACCACCAAAGAUGCCAUCUCCUGUGAGAUCCCCAUUAGAAAAUCCCCACCCACCCAUGCCUGAGAAAUGCCACACUCCUGAAAAAUACCCAAGCCCUCCCAUUGUUCCCUUACCAGAUGAAGAGCCCUCCAGUUCGCGAAAUCAUCUUGACGAUUUACUGGAAAGAGCUAUUUCUAACAUUCCAAGAACCCCUGAAGAUCCGUCUCCCGCUUCAUCUGACAGGGACGAGGCACCCUCAAAAGAAGAAUCCACUGGUGUAGUGUCAGAAAAUAAUAUGGAUAAUCAGGCCAGGUCACCAGUAAAGCUCUCUAGUCCCAGUAAGUCUCUUCCAAGAUCACCAUUGAAACCUAUUGUUAGUGAAAUUCAGGAGGACUUGACUGAGUUUGAAAUGCAAGUAAGAGACACUAUGGUGAAUGAUAGUAGCAGGCGAGCAUUAAUCGAAUCAAUAUUACCAAAACCAAAAUAUUGUUCAAUUCUUAGGGAAACUUUCGCUGUGGCUGAUGAGGGAUCAGCUGAAAAGAGUGACGAAGAAGCAAAUGACUUCAAACGCAAAGCUUUUUAUCAUGUUGCCGAUGUGAGGGAAUCCGUUGAUCCGCUUGUAGAACCUACUAGUCCCGAGGACAUCGAGGAUUUUAAACGUGGAGCCGAUUUGAAUACAGGCCGUGAAUCUAUCACUCCUGUUUCUUUCCAUGAGAAAAAUCAGUCAAUUGAAUUCCGGCCAACUGAGUCAGAUGAUAAUGAACCUGAAGCUAAAGAAGAAUCGCUGAUCAGACAUGAUAAUCAAGACUUCCCAGUUCCGUGUUCACCGCCUUUACCUCCUCCACCACCACCGGCACCUCCUUUUAUGCAGAACAGUUCAUCAUUGCCUCCAUCUUUACCUAAACUACCCUCCCUACCAAUGCCACAAUCUAUGGCGAUCCCUCCGUCAUUACAACAAUCCUCGCCAGUGUCUUUUGCGGCGACAUCAACUCAACCUAUUGCUCGAAGUCCUCAAAGUCCUCUUACCUUGCAACAGGCCAUUGCUCAUCAGACAACAUUGGGUUCACCUCGGGGCCCCAUUUCCCCUCCUUUAAAAGCACCCAUCACUCCUCCUCUUCCUUCUCAUCCUCCUCCUCACCCUACCCCUCCAUCUCUAAAUGGUGCUAGUGGUAAAAUCAGUAAUAUUGUCGAGGACGUUAGAAAAGCGUCGCCCACUAAACCAAUUGUUCUGUUUACCACACCUAAAAAAGACAAAAUUAGUAAACCGCAUGACUCUUCAGACGCAGAAGAAGGUGAGAUAUUAUCUGAUACUGAUGAGCCUGUCGCGGCUCAGAUUUCAACAGUGAUGGAAGUUAUCCAGGAGAAGGCCAAAUCUCCAAUGCCAGAUCCUGCUGUAGCAGACACUGUUAACGAUGACGAAAUAAUUAAUGAAGAGAAUGAAGCUUCAGAUGUUCAACAAACUGAUCCCCACCCCUUACCAGAGCCUAUAUCUAAAGAACUCACGCCACAGCCUCCAGAACCCAAAGCUUUUGUUCCCGACGAAAACUUCCCGAUUCGAAGUAAACGGGAUCUUUUUAAAGCAAGAUUCUUUCAACCAGACAUGAAGAUUGAUUUUGCCAAGCCAGACCAAGUAACCGAAGUAUCAGAUAGUAAACCUGAUUCUUCUGCUGCCUCCGAGAAAGAAGACUCAGAGAAAACAACAGCUCCACCAGUAGUUGAAGCUGUGAAACCAAAUCCAGAUGAUAACAUGAGAUUUUCUAGAAAGAUGCGCUUCAAAGAAGUCCUACAACAGCACAUCAGCGAACAAGAAAACGCAAAAGAGCAACAACUGAAGGAAAGUCAACAGAAAGAUAAUUUAAAAGAGGUUGCUGCCCCAGAAUCUGGGUCUAGUUCCCAGCAAUCAGCAUCAACUGUUGAACCAGAUGUUUCUGCUGUGUCUUUGAUCGGUAAAAGAAAACGAUUCUUGAAUGAUUAUAUCGCGUCUCUUGAAUCAAACAACGCGUCUACUGAAUCAAACCCUCCACCGGCAAAAUCAUCAAAAACAGAAGAAUCCUCAGUGGAAGAAGGUCUGCCCAAACUGAGGAUAAAACCGCUCAGCGGUGGAUCAUACAUCUCCGAACCGCUAACAACUGCUGCAUCAGCACCGCCUCCUCUUCACAAAGCUAGCACUUCUCCUGAUAAAGAAAUAGUCCCUAAAUGUAUCAUCAAACUAGGUAAAACACAUUGGAAUGCGUGUGACUCUGAAAAACCAGAGAAAAGUGGCAAGAAAAAAGGGAGAGCUAGCACGCGAGCAAAUCUUCGAUCAAGAGAAGCAUCGACAGAUUCCAGUAAGUCAGAAAUUUCAGAUAAACCACGAUCAACUCGAUCGAAAAAGACAAGAAAAGCUGUCAAGACGUAUAACGUUGAUGAUGAUGAGAAACUUUCAGAUAAUUCAUUUGAGGAGGUGGACAGUUCACGUCGCUCCGGGAGGACAAGGAAAACUAUCAAGCGACUGAAUUUGUAGUAGUUAGGAAUUUGCAUCAUGACGACUAGGGUGUUGUCGUUUUUUUACCGACUAUGAUUUAUUUGAAAUUAGUCAGCCUGGCAUGAAGAGUUUUUUUUUCAGAUGGUGUAAAGGAACAUUUAAAUCUUGCAAUGUAUGGCAUUACAGCCAUUGCGGCAUUCUCAUUUUAUUGCAGAAAUUUGUAUGUCAAAUCAGAUAUCCCAUGAAGAGUGGCUUUUGUUAUUUAAACAUAUUUUCUUAUUGAUUUGCUAUGCCAAUCUGGGAUUUUGAUUCCUGAGAAAAUUGCGUUCAGACGAACAACUGUUUGCAUGGAUUUUAUGAUUGAUUUAUGUUUGAUAUUGAUAUUAUCAGGUCAGUUACUUGUCCCUUAAAAUGUUUUUUGUAAUAGGUAUAUUUCUCAUAAAUAUUUCA